AUGCUCGGCGAGCCGAGUCUGCUGGACGCGUCGACGUCGUGUGCGCGCAUGGAUAGGCGAGCGCUGGCGCAGCGGCUCGCGGAUCUGCAAGGCGACGUGUCCAAGCUGGCCUCGCGGCUGGCCGCGCCGGCGACCGGUGGGCCGCCAGUGGCCGCUGUACGUGACGUGGCACCUGCAGUGAUGGCGCCGCUGGGGCCAAGCGCAGUACGACGCGCCCAUGGCCCAUCGACGAUUCCUGGCGGGCGCAUGGGCAAUCUCAUUCGUCUCCAGCGCGAGCUUCAUGACCUCCGGAACGAGAACGACCAGCUGCGCUUCGAAAUGGCCCAGAUGAAGCGGUCAGUGGCUGCAGCGCACGCCAAGCUGCGCAGCUACGAUGCACUCCACGGCGCGUACGCCGAUCUCCAAGCGCAGUGUGCGACGUUACAGCAGUCGCUCGAGCUCUCCGAGUCGAUCCGCGCCCGCCAAAAGACACUGCUACAGAGAAGCUACCACGAUACUUCGGACCUACAGAGUACUAGCCACCACGAGGCCUCAGUUCUUAGAGUGCAAGCACCGCCCAGGGCACCGCCGCAGAGCAACCCCACGAUUCAGCGCGCGUUCGACCCAACAGAGACUUGGCACGCUAGCCACGUGAUGCCUUCCACCCAAGCCUUGGACGCCACGACGUCAUCUACCAAGUCGAAGCGCAAGCUACCUGUCACCAAGACCAAGCGAUGUACGACCACCAAGAAAACGCUGUUGGUCCCUCCGCAGAGCUCCCCCGAACCGCCGCCUCUGCGCAAGCGCAAACCGAAACCAGUCGCUUCGACAGCACCACCCGUGAAGGCACCCGUCAAGGUUGGUGGCACGACAUCGCGCCGAAAAACCGCUCUCGAGUCGAGCUUCCUCGCGCCGACGCGUGCGAGCCAGGCCAGGACCCAAGACACGCUUCAACGCACCAGAAAAUCGACGACCCAUCACCCGAUACAUCGAUAG